UCUUUUUUUUUUUUCAUACAAACAUCAUCAAACUUGAUUUUGAAUCUUUGAAUAAAUCUUCCGCAUGAUUUUGACACUCAUCGAAUUCUCCUGGAAAUGGAAAUCUCUGACAUUGAAAUCUUCACGCUUCAAAUCCCUAAAUCGAAUCACAACAAUACCCUUUCCAACCUCAAAAUUCAAUUCAUCUCUUUCAACUCUCUCUUUGAACCACUUCUCCUCAACCACUUCAAAUCUCGUACCCAAUUGCACUUCCUCAUCAUCAGAAACUCCUCACAACGCUUCCAAUGUCGUUCGUUUCGAUUCAUUAAUCGCCAUCUUCAAAAACUACGGUUUCUCUGAUUCUCAGAUAAAUUACAUCGUUAAACAAGCACCUAAUGUGCUUAAAUUAGACCCCCACAAUAGGGUUUUGCCGAAGUUUGAAUUUUUACACUCCAAAGGUGCUUCAAACUCCGAUAUUGUGGAGUUAGUGAGUAGAAGCCCUAGAAUUCUCUAUUCAAGCCUUGAAAAUAGCAUAAUCCCUACUUUUGAAUUGGUAAGAAGCUUCCUUCCAUCUAAUGAGAAAGCUAUUGAACGUAUACUUAAAUGUAGAUUUUUCUUUGGUCAUUAUCAUGUUAUUAGGAAUGUUAAGAUGUUGAUUGAUGAUGGAGUUACUGACUCAAAUAUUAGAUAUUUGUUACUUAAAAGACCCUCUAUACUAUUGUCUUAUGAUAUGAGGGAUGCUUUGGAUGAGGUUAAGGAAAUGGGAUUUGAUGAUCCUUCUAAUGUGAAUUUUUGUAUAGCAUUGUUAGCCAAAAGGGCCAUGUCGAAAUCUCGAUGGGACGCGAAAGUUGUUGUCUUUAAGAAAUGGGGUUGGUCUGAUGAAAUGGUUCUCGAAGCGUUUAGGAAGCGGCCCUUAUGUAUGCUAGUGUCGACGGAUAAAAUUAAUAAGGUUAUGAAGUUUUGGGUGAAGGAGUUGGGUUGGAACUCUUCGGUGCUUGUUAAAAGGCCGGAGAUUUUUUCGUAUAGUUUGGAGAAUAGGAUCGUUCCGAGGGCUUGUGUUGUCUUGUAUUUGAUCUCGAAAGGUUUGAUAGAAAAUAAUGUUGAGUUGUCUACCCCAUUUGGUGUUAAUGAAAAGGUGUUUCUUGAAAAGUAUGUGGAAUGUUUUAAGGAGGAAAGGUGUUAUUUGUUAAAGCUAUACCGAGAAAAAAUGGAUGUUCAAGAAAUCAGGGAGGAUGGUGCAGCAUCUAGAAGCUAUUGAAUGAUUAACUUGUAAGCACAAAUUUUGUGUAAUUCAAUAUGUUUCUUCAUCACAUGUUCAAGUAAUUGUUGUUAACUCUGCCUAAAUUGCAAUUGAUUUAACUGAAUUGUUUCAUUAUGAUGGAUUGGAACUUGGAGCCCUUGUUCAUGGUUGCAUUCUCCAAUUCUCGUUAUAAUUGCGAACUUGUGAUGUAUAUCAACUACUUGAUGCUUUAUAAAUGACUGAAGCGUGAGUACAGAUUAUUUUGAGGAAUUAGAAAUAUAUUAAUGUUUACUUUUCAGUUAUUCCUUGCUGCUUGAAUGUCAAGCAAAGACAAGCUUGGAAUGAUUUAACUGUUGAUUUCGUAAAUGUUUAGCUGGGAAAUGUAAUUGGUGACUGCUGCAGCUGCUUUUUAUCGAAUCAUUUGUUGUUGUAGUUUGUGUUC